AUGGCGACGGCACAUUUGUUGGCAAACCCGGAAGGUUCGGACGCAGAGGUGGUAAAUGGUAACCAAAAUGGAGGCUAUGGUGAUGGCAGUGGUAGCAAUAGACCCCAAGAAUCAGGGGGUGUAGGGAAUAGAGGAACUAUAGGUGUUGGUGGAAAUGGGGGCGCUAGCAGUGGUGGCGGCUAUUCAGUAACGGUUGGAACAGUUGGUUACGGAAGGGGUAGUACUGCUGGUUAC